AUGUCGCAAUCGACUCCCGUCUCUGUGGAGCCAAACUCGAACAAUUCCAAUCUUUACGUCAUCCCUGUCACUAUCUUGCUUGUCAUUGCACUUAUUCUUUGCAUUGUGCGAUUCUAUACGCGUCUUACGAGGACGAAGAGACUGUACCUAGAUGACUGGUUCAUCGUGGUUGCAGAGCCACUCUCCCUUAUCAAUGCCUGUCUUGCAUAUGCCGCGAUAUCACACGGAUGGGGACGACCUUUCAUGACGCUCUCGGAAGCGGACUAUAAAACAACCAUGAAACUGCAAUUCGCUCUCCAGACAACCUGGAUCUUCACACUCUGCUUUGUUAGACUUUCGGUCGCCUGCUCGCUCCUCCGUUUCGGGACGGACCUCUGGUGGAGAUACACGUUAUACAUCCUCAUGGGAUUACAGGUGGCAAUCUCCUCUUCAUGGGUUGUGAUCCAGUUCGGUCAAUGCAAGCCAAUUUCCUCGAAUUGGGAGCACGUGAAAGACGUUAAAUGCUGGAAUCUUCAAGCCAUCAUCAAUUACGGCUGGACUAUUGCGGGAGUCUACGUCAUCAUGGACCUCAUUCUCUCCCUUAUGCCCAUCAAACUCAUCCGCACACUCAACCGGCCCCGAAACGAGAAAGUCCUCAUCAGCCUCCUCAUGGCGCUAGGUCUCCUCGCCACAGCCGUCGCCGCCGCGAAGAUGACCACGUUCAAGAACUUCGGGACGGGAGACCCGAUGCAGGCCACCAUCCCACCCUCCAUGUACGCAAAGCUCGAAGAAGUCGUCGGCAUCAUUGCCUCCUCUCUACCAUGUCUCAAGGCACCCGUUCAGAAUCUUCUGAAGAAGCUAGGAGUUCUUCAGACGCGCCAGUUGAGCCGUCCCAGUUUCGUCAACACGGCGAUCACAUUUGAUGAACCGUCACGUCAAGGAGAACAGAGGAGCGACAGGGACGGAUCUUUCCCUUCGUUGAAAGAUAGCGUCCACAUGGACUACGUCAGCGUGAAGCCGAGCAGCUCAGGCUCGAAUACCCGCGAUAGAUCGCACGAGAGGAAAGAGAAAAGGGAAGUUGUAUAA